AUGGCGGAAUCAAGCUUGAACUCUCCAUCAGGGGAUGGCUUCACAACGCCAAGCGAUGGAGCCUUCAAAGGUCCGGAGUUGCGGAAUCGACGGCCAAAAAAUGCACCUUCCGAUGAAAGUGAGGACGAUGUGGAUAAACUCGCCGAACGGUAAGUAUUUUAAGAUUUGUGGUGUUUCUGCGUUUAGGCACAGCUGGAUGAAGUUAUAAGCUUGAUUAUAUGCCAAAAAUUUGUUCGAUUGUAUUGUCUACGAUCUUGUUUUAGACUCGAGGACAUCAAGCGGCACCUACCACAAGGUUCGGACUCGAUGGGCUCGUAUGUGGAUGAGAGUCUGAAUCAACUGCCACCGAGAUGGAGGAACUGGGUAGUCCGAGGCGUCUUCUCGGUGAUUAUGAUUGGUUUAUUCACAUUGGUCGUGCGAAAAGGCGCUACUUGGCUUAUGGGAAUGGUAAGGAGAAGAUGUAGAUAAAUCUUGCAAUUUUUACGUUUGAGAUUUAGACUUUUGGUCUAUUAUUAGCUUGGCAAAGAUGGUAGCUGUCUAACUAACAUUAAUUUUCAGGUAUUCCUGAUCCAAAUGACAUGCUUCUACGAAAUUAUUAGUAUUGGCCUCUAUGUGUACCGAUUGUAUGAUCUACCAUGGUUCCGAGGACUUUCAUGGUGGUUCCUGAUCACAUCGAAUUACUUUUUCUUCGGUGAAAGCCUCAUUGACUAUUGGUCCAUUGUGCUGAAUAAGGAUGUAAGUAAAUUUUGAAUCUUUUUUUUCGAUUUUUAGGUAAAAUACGGGAACAUUAAGACGUCGAUAUUUUUGAAAAUGAAGUGAAAUGUGUUAGAAAGGGUUGGGAUAUCAGAUUUUGUCUAAGGUUUGCUCUGUCUAGCAGGAAAUUCCAUUUUUCGAGAUUUGAUGUCAAGUGUAAUAUAAAAAGUUUUCAACGGAUGGUCAGAUUUAGGCUGAAAUGGAAUAAAAAUGACGGAUUAGUUAUAGUUAAUGUAUUUUACCAAAUGUUUUUCAGGAAUUCCUCCGGUAUCUUGUUGUUUACCAUCGAUUCAUCAGCUUCUCCCUGUAUUGCGUAGGCUUUGUUUGGUUCGUCCUUUCGCUGAGAAAAGGACUCUAUCUACGACAAUUCUCCUUGGUAGGUCUUAAUUUAUUAGAAGUUUCCGUAUUUAGGACAAGAAUUAUAUUGAUUUACAUUUGCAGUUCGCCUACACUCACGUUGCCCUGCUUCUGAUCGUCACUCAGUCGUUCCUGAUCAUCCAGAACCUCCUACAAGGACAGGUAUGGUUCCUUCUGCCGGUUUCCAUGAUCAUUUGCUGCGACAUCAUGUCCUACGUGUUCGGCUUCUUCUUCGGACGCACCCCAUUGAUCAAGCUGUCGCCGAAGAAAACUUGGGAAGGAUUUAUUGGUGGAGCUUUCAGCACAAUCAUCUUUGGCGUCUGUGUAAGUUUGGAGAGGAUUGAAAUUAAUUUUGAGUGCGAUUUUAGGCAAUUUUUUUGAUCUGUUGCCUAGUGCAAUAUAAAAAUUUUUGAAUUUUUUGGGAAAAGUUGUUUUAAUACAACGAAUAGGUGUCAAGAUUGGUAUGUGAGAAGUUUCAGCGAAAUCUAGGAAGGUUGGAUAUUAUUUUUGGCCAUUUUGGAUUUUAGAUGUCAAGUGUAAUAUAAAAAAUGGCAAAAUUUAUAUUGUGGAUUGGUAAGAAGUUGCCAGAGAUGAACUUAGAGGAUAGGUAGACUAUUUAGAGGCUAUAAAAAUCUUUUUUGUUGCUAUCUAGGGACUCUGAAAUCAAGUCAAGUAUAAUAUAAAAAGUUUUGUAUUUUGAUGAUUUUACUUUUUAGUUGGCCUCCGUAUUAGUCAACAACAAGUUCUACGUGUGCCCAGUGGAAUCCUACUACGAGAACAAUAUGAAUUGCACAUUGCCGAUGGCCUUCCAGCUUCAGUAAGUGAAUUUUUUGUAUUUGUUUUUUGUUUUUAGUGAAGAAGACUAAGUCUGGCUUGUUUUGCAGAGCAUACGAAGUGCCACGCCAGUUCGCAUUCUUUUUCAAACUCCUCAAACUGGACCCCAUCAUCAACAUCCAGCCGUUCAUAUUGCACACCGUGGUUUUGGCGCUGUUCGCCUCGCUGAUCGCCCCAUUCGGCGGAUUCUUCGCGUCCGGCUUCAAGCGCGCCUUCAAGAUCAAGGACUUCGGAGCCAUCAUCCCCGGGCAUGGCGGACUCAUGGACCGGUUCGAUUGCCAACUCCUAAUGGGCACCUUUGUUUAUGCCUAUAUUCACUCGAUUAUCCGCUUCCCGAACUGGAACAAGGUCGUCCAACAGAUCAUGUGGCUCCCGGUGGACGAACAGCUCGCAAUUUUCAGGACACUUCAACAGAAAUUAAUCGAAAAUGGAGUGAUCCCCGAUAUUCCACAAGGCAAUUGA